UUAAGUGAAUAUACAAAUUCAAGCGUUCAUGAAUUUUGGGAAAAAAUUUCAACAUUAAAAUCGGGUGAUGAUUCUCGUAUGUUUCCAACCUUAACUAAUUUUGUGUUUAAUAUGUUUAGCUUGCCAAAUGUCAAAAAGAUAUUUUCCCAAAUAAAUCUAAACAAAACUGAAAUAAAAAAUAAAUUAUCGACUGAAAAUUUAAGUGGAGUUUUACAUACGUUUUAUUGAAAAAUCAUCCCUAAUGAUUUGUAUGGAAGAAUGGAUUCGUCAAUGU